UCGAUGACGUCACACAGCAACAACUAAAGCGUCAAAAUGGCGGACACUUAACAGGUGCCCGAUACAUAUCCUGUACGUCUCAUUAGAUUUAGCGAUUAUAGAAGAAACAUGCCGAAGAAGAAAGGAAAAUCGGGAAAAUCGAAGAAAGGGGGGAAGAAGAAGGGCAAAUCUUCUGCGAAAGAGGGAUCUAAGCCUGCGAAAGCAGACCCAAUGGCUCCAAUGUUUGUGCAACCCCCACCUCGACCAGGCGAGAGGCUAGUGGAACUCUUGAAGAAGAAUCCAGUGGAUGAAAAGGAGAUUCAUGGAUACAAAAUGACCAACAGAAUUCUAAAGCAGCUGACUCCUCAAGAAAUCAGAGAUCUAUUGAUGGUGUUUGAACUGUUUGAUAACAACAGUGAUGGGUACCAUGGGUCAGCCGAACUCCGCCGUGCAAUGAGGGCCUUAGGAUUUAAGUGUUCUAGGGAGGAGGCUAAACAGCUGAUAUCUGACACAAGUCUCAAGGGCAAACAUAUGAUAGAUUUCCCUGAGUUUCUGGAGGCGGUGAUAGACAGACAGGGGGACGCCAGAGACAUGUAUGAUGAAAUACUCAAAGGAUUUAACAUGUUUGAUUACGAGAAGACAGGAGCAAUAUCACUGGAUGGAUUGAAGCUGGCCUGUGAAGAUGCUGGUAUCAAGUUUACACAGAAGGAGCUGGAGGAGAUGAUUGAGGAGGCGGAUCUCAAUGGUGACGGCAAAGUCGACCAAUCAGAAUUUAUCCGUAUCAUGCUGCAGACUAAUUUAUUUUAGACUUUUCAAACUCUGGCUCAGUGUUAUGUGCAACCUGUAACAUUGAGCUGAUAAUUCAAUUCAAGAGGGUGUCUGUGUGAAUUAAUAACAUACUUUGGGAUGAAGUAUUUGAGUUCUGCCCCGUUAUGAAAAUUCACGGCCUGUUUUCAGGAAUUAUAUUGCAAUAUCUGAUAAAUGUGUCAUAAAUGCAGCUUAACCAUGACCUUAAAAUAAAAAUUGAUAAAUCGGAGAGAUUUGGACUGUACUUUCAGGGAUUUUUUUUAUGAUUUCUUUCCUUCGACUCCUUUUUGAUAUAAUUUUCUGUUUUAACGACAUUAGUGAAUUACAAUUUGUAACGGAAAUAGAUAUUGAAUCGAUAUUUACAAUUUUUAUACAUUGUGUAUUUAAAUCCAAUAUUACAACUUUCUAUUUUGCAAUAACUUUCAAUCAAUUUAGGGUUUGAGUUUUCCCAUACAGAUGUAUAGUUUUUAAACAACUGUGAUAUACAAUAAGAGAAGUGUGUAUAAUCUAUGUGAGUGUGAUUGAAAAUAUCUUCGUGUAUCGUUGUUUGUCAUAUAUACAUAUUUCAUAUUCAUGUGCUGUUAUCAUCUAGUCUAGAUAUUUUUGUAAAUAAAUUUCAUUAAAUCAU